AGAGGGUUCAGGAUGCGAGUUCUUACUCUGGCCCCGGAACACAGGCCUUUUCACUUCCUGUCGUGUUUCUGUCACGAAAUGCUUCAACUUCCCAUAGAAAUAUUACGCUGUUAUUUUUUACAUGGAUAGUAUUGGCAUUGAAUGACAUUAGAAGAAGAAAAAGACACCUCUCCCAUACCGACUCGCAGCUACCACCCGGAGCGAGAGAAACCAAUGAUCCACCCCUGUGUUGAUCCACCUGUGUGUGCCAGCUGUCAGAAACUAGAACUGUCUUUCUUUGACCCAGAGUGUCCAGGAUGUAGGUCAAUCUUAGAAAACCCAAACACCACUGUGCCAGAAAUCUUCUCAGUCCUUCGUCAAUGGACACCCCAAACUCAACAGAACUUAGAUUUAUUAAUAGAUGAGAUUUUAAAACGUGGUGCUCACAUAAAUGACCGCGAUGGUCUCACAGACAUGACCUUAUUGCACUAUGCAAGUAAAUCAGGAGCUGCGGGGAUAGGCGAUGCUGACCUCGCAUGUCGUAUGGUGACUAUGCUCCUGGCUCAGGGAGCGGAUCCAAAUAUUCGUUGUCGGUGGACUAACAUGACCGCACUUCACUAUGCAGCCUAUUUUGAUGUUGUUCCUGUGAUCAAAGUACUACUCAAGCACACAAAAGCCUUAGAUAUCGACAGUGUUUGUUCAGAAUUUGAUAAUGGUUCAUCAUUACACAUUGCGGCAUCAAAUCUGGCUUAUGAAGCUGUCAAGGUACUCUUACAAAAUGGUGCUGAUGCUUUACUCAAAGAUGACCAAGGACGUACAGCUUUAGAGUGCAUUCCUGAUCCAUCCAGUCUGGACUCAGAUCCAGAAAUGGCGAAGGUUGUGGUCAAGUUAAGAAAGACUCUACAGGAGGCGUGUCAGCCUGCACCCAAACAACCCCCUCCUAACUAUGACCUUGUACAGAGCAAGGUCACUCUACAAUCACUGGGGCUGGCUCUCGGUGACAAAGUCAUGGUCGGGGGCCUGAAGAUGGGAACACUGAGGUACUGUGGACCAGCAGAGUUUGCUGCCGGGAUUUGGGCAGGGAUAGAAUUGGAUGAUGCCGGUGGCAAAAAUGAUGGGAGCAUUGGUGGCAUCUCCUAUUUUCAGUGUCCCAAGAAUCAUGGAAUAUUUGCUCCAGUCAGUAAGAUAGCCAAACCGGGCUCAGCUCCCCGACCUCGGUCUCCAGCCAUUUCUCCUCACAAGUCCCCAGUUCAGAGGGCAGGGUCAGUGGAUGUGUCAAAUGUCAAGGCCAGGGUUGAUACAGGUCUUAAGGCAAGAACAAAUUCCAUAUCUAACUUGGCUGAGAUGGAGGUGGGGGAACGUGUGAUUGUUGCAGGACAGAGGAAAGGCACAGUUAGAUUUGCGGGCAACACACAGUUUGCACCUGGUAUUUGGUAUGGAAUAGAGUUGGACAAACCAGCAGGAAAGAAUGAUGGAUCUGUUAAUGGUCAGAGAUAUUUCACAUGCAAACCAAAACAUGGUGUCUUUGCUCCUUUAUCAAGAAUACAAAAAUUGGGAGAUAGAAGAUUUAGUUCCAGUGAGUCAUUGGAAGCCAUUAGUUGGGGGGCUGUUUCAGAGAGGGAACACAAACCUCAGUCAGCUGGUGGUGUUAAUUCUACACCAGGAAGAGCAAGAACACCUGUCAAAAGGCCAAAAAGUAUGGGACAGAGUUCAGCCAGAACACCUACUAGUAAUUCUCAAAGGAUCUCAAGAACUCCUGGAUCCACCAAUGAUUUUAAGCUAGAAGUAGGAAUGAGUGUCUUCUGUAAUAAUGAACUAGGUGUUGUCAGAUACAUUGGUCCAGCUGAGUUUGGUGAAGGCGUAUGGGUGGGCGUGGAACUAAGAACUGCAAAAGGAAAGAAUGAUGGCAGUGUACAUGACAGGCGGUACUUUACUUGUCGUCCCGAUCAUGGACUGCUAGUCAGACCCAGUAAAAUAACUGUCCGUGGCAUCAAUGGUGCAAAAUUAAUUACUGACUAUUAUGGAUCAAAGGAAUCAAGUCCAAUGGAAGACAAGUGAAUUUUUAACAAAAGGAAUUAAUAAGGACCAAAUAUAUAACCCUUUUAUCCUCAUUAUGCCUGUGAUUAAAGAUGCCAUAACAUUUCUCAAUCUUGCACAACAUAUAUAAAGUAUUUUUUACUGGAUAUUGUUGCAGAUUCAGCAAUUUUGAAACAUGCAUUUAUUACUCUGGUUGAAGAUUUUUUGUAGUGAAUGUUCAUUGUUGGUUAGGAAAUAUUUACAUACAUGUCUCUUGUACUACAAUAUUGGGGCUUGUGAUCUCAGUCUAACUAUCAAAGAUGACUGCCUGUGAUGGUUAUAAAGUAUCACAUGCUUUUAUUUUUUGUACAAUAAUUCAAUGUGUCAAAAGUUAUUUAAUGGGAAAUCCAUUAUGCAAAUCAAAGUUGUUGAUAUUUUUAUGCAAAAAAUAAAAUAUUUUAAGCAUA